AUGAGUGCUAGUGCCUUAAAAAGACUCGAGAAAAAUACAUACGUGAUCACAUCGGUAUUUGAUGAAGGCGACAUUCGUAUGAAAUGUAUUCGUGCCACGUCUAAAAUUGCCGUUGUUAAACACAUGAUCACAUAUCCAGACGAGUACAGUGAAUUUUUGAAAUAUUUGGGAGAUGAUUAUCUCGGAGUUCGCACUAGUUGUGAGGAUGAUAACCCUUAUCGUUAUGAUAGACCGGUACGUGUGCGCACAACAGCCGAAGUGCUCCUUCAAGGUAUCGACCUGACUCGACGAUUUGCCUCCGAGAGUUUCGUCAGUUUGAUUCGUGCAUCCGUUCAAAGAUUACUAAAUGUAACAAACAAUGAUUGGAAAGAAAAAUUAGCUCAAGUCUACUUUGUGUUCCGAGUUUGUACUCCAGACACCAUGGAUAUUUACUACAAGGAAAAUGAUGGUAUUCAGCUCAUUUUGGCUAAAAGUGUUCGAGAUAUUCUAAAAUAUCUGAGUGAACAAAAUGAUCCUGUGCAGAAAAAAGUGAUAGCGGAUACCAAAGAAUGGAUUAAGAAGAAUAAGAAAUUCGAGAAAGAAUACAAAAAACAAUGCAGAAAACAUGAAGAUGAACAUGAAGAGCUGGCAACAGAAGAAGAGAUCGAUGAGUUAUCAUUACUCGAAAAAGCCCUUACAAGACGUCCAGUUGCUUCAAAUUUAAUCAAUGAGUUUCGUGACCAGUUUGAUGUCGUACUUGUCAUUCGACCAAUUGAUGAUUAUCAAAAAGAUAUUUGCGAUAAUCACGACUUUGAGUACGUAGACACUUUCUAAACAAAAGCUUACCUUGAAAAACUCAUCGGAUUUUGCAGAAGGUCACUUAAUCAAGAGUGAUUUUAGAAAAUUUGAAAGGAUUUCAAUACCUGUACUAAACCCAAACAUAAUUCUUCUUCCAAACAUAUAUCUUACAAGCCGAUAUUGUUAAACCUUUUCAACAGCUUACGAGGGAACAUAUCCAACUGUCCGACGCCGAUCGGGCUCAUAUUUUGUGCAUAUGUAGGACUACGAAAAGAUUCGUCCCCAUAUGAACUCCUUCUCGAGUUAUGAUCGUUUUAGUGGAUUUUCGACCUCUGACAAGGUGUUUGUGGAAAAGUCGUAUGGCGGAAUUUUGACGAAUUUUCUUACCUUUUCCUGUGAGAUAUGAUCGUUUUUUGUACAUUCAAUAUAUCGAGAAGGAAUCAUGCGUUUUAGCUAAAACUUUCAGAACAUUGUGAUGACCGUGAGACCUAUUAAUGGGCAAAAUUUCAGGCCGCCAUUGGAUGUUUCCACAAACACCUUGCUAGAGGUCGAAAAUCCAGUAAAACAAUCAUAACUCCAGAAGGAAUUCGUAUGAGGACGAAUCUUUUCCUAGUCCUACAUAUGCACAAAAUGUGAGCCCGAUCGGGGUCGGACAGUCGGAUAUGUUCCAUAUCCGAUCCAUAUGUUCCAUUCCUCGUUAGUCUAACAAGUGUAAUACAGGCAUUAUUUAAGUAAAAAUGCGAAGUUUUUAAAAAUAAUUGAUUUACAUAAGGAGAUGUACCCCCGCCCCCCGAUGACUUAUAUUUUUUCUGACCAGAUUGUAGAUAAACUGAAACUGCAUAUACCCUGAAAUAUUUUCGGCCAACGAACUUGUUUUGACAGAGUUACGGCUUAUAUAAGUUAUAUGCCUCUACAGGCCACCUAUUGGUAUGAAUUUUCGAAAAAUUUUUUAAGUAAAGGUUUAUGCGCGAUUUUUGUGUAGUUCGAUAGAGUAACCCAAGUUCUAUAUAUAUACCCUAAGAUUUUAUCGAUGAUUGAAUGAGUACUCGCAGAGAAACAGAGACUUUUCCAUUAUAGUACGUUUCCGGUAAUAAAAGGUAUUUUUUUAAAACCUUGCUUGCGAUUAAAUAAAUACAAUGCAUUAGGAUAAAAGAGUGUUACGACAAAAAGAUGCGCCAUAAAAUUCUGCAUACUGUGAGCGGAUUCGAAUUUUAACAAUUUGUUUUGUUGCUGAGAAAAUUCGCCUUUUCUAAAUCAGAGGCGAAAAGGUCUGAAUUCUGCCCGUAAUUCUCGAUGUUCUCUAACAGAACUCAACUUCUGUGCAAUAAAAAUAUCAUAUUCAGAAUCAAAACACGAAUAGACUGAUGUGUACAGGGUGCCACUAAAUAAACGGAACACCUACAUCUAUCUUGUUUUAAACGCUUUUUCUCAACAAAUUUUUAUUCAAAACCUAGCAAAACAACAGAAACAACAAUAAAUAAAAAGAUUUAUUCAUGUUUCAUAUUUAUACUAAAAAAUAAAAAUAUAAUCAAAUUUGUUGAGAAAAAGCGUUUAAAACAAGAUAGAUGUAGGUGUACCGUUUAUUUAGUGGCACCCUGUAUUUCGAAUUUUUAGCUGAUUUUCAUUUUUUUAAUGAAAACCUUGCUGAUUUUCCGAAGUGAAAAUUCGAAAAAAAUUAAAGUACUCGAAUAGGAUAGAGACACACAUCAAUCGACUCAGUUGGAUUCUGAUUCCGAAUAUGAUAUUUUUAUUGCACAGAUAUAUAUAAACAGUUCGUUGGCCGAAAACAUUUCAGGGUAUAUGCAGUUUCACUUUCUCUACAAUCUGGUCAGAAACAAUAAAAGUCAUGGAGAGUGGAGCGACGGGGGGGCGGGGGGGGGGGGGGGGGG